AUGGCAGAUCCCCUUACAUUAGAUGAGGUCGAGGCUGCAGCCAAGAAGUCACUUCCCAGCAAAAUAUAUGACUUUUAUGCUUCAGGAGCAGAUGGCCAACUUGCUGUUGUGAGAAAUCGUCACGCAUUUUCAAGACUCUUUAUUAGACCUCGGGUGUUGCAAGAUGUAUCCGACGUUGAUACGUCCGUAGACGUCUUCGGUGUCCGCUCAGCUCUACCAGUGGGAAUUGCCCCAAGCGCUAUGCAGAGGCUUGCGGGUGGCGAUGGAGAGAUCGAUGUUGCAAAAGCCGCAGCCGGCAUAGGGCUCAAUCUAACCCUUUCUUCGCAAUCCACGAGCUCGCUGGAAGAUGUGAUGCAGGCGAAGAUUGAUACAGAGAAAGGUCUCCCUGGGCCUCCAUUUUGGAUGCAAAUUUAUCUGCACGACGACAUUCAGAAGAGUGUACCUUUGAUUAAACGGGCGGAAGCUGCUGGCUACCAAGCCCUGGUGCUCACAGUUGACACGCCCGUGCUGGGAAACCGUCUUGCCGAGCGCAAGGAAGCUGUGAUCCUACCAAAGGGCUUGAGUUUACCUAACUUGGAAAAGACGGCGGCGGGGGCGAAGCCGCAGCCUAGCAUCAAUAGACAGUUCAUGAAUGUGAGAUCCGCUGCCGAAGCCAAGGCGCUGCGUGCCGCUUUUGGUUCCAAGAUGCACAGCGCAAGUCUCACUUGGGAACGAACCAUCAGGGAGUUAAGGAAAGUGACAAGCAUGAAGAUCAUCCUGAAAGGCAUCAUGACCGCGGAGGAUGCUGCGCUUUCUGUUCAAUCUGGCGCGGAUGCUAUUAUCGUGUCAAAUCACGGCGGUCGUCAGCUGGACGAAACAUGCUCGACCAUCGAGGCGCUACCUGAAGUAUCUGAGGCUGUGAAUGGCGCUUUGCCAGUCAUCAUGGACGGCGGAGUCAGGACUGGCGCGGACGUGUUCAAGUGUUUGGCCCUGGGUGCCGACUUUGUGCUCGUUGGGCGUCCCGCGCUCUGGGGACUUGCUUAUGACGGUCGCCGGGGUGUCGAGACGGUCAUGCACAUUCUUGAGCGAGAGUUGAGUCGGACCAUGGCAUUGGCAGGUGUGAGGAGUGUAGAAGAGAUAUCCAGAGGCAUGUUGGGAGUCGCGAACCGUAACGGGUUCGGUGUAUCAAAGUUGUAG